CAUGUGACUUCAGCGCAAAAAGCUUACUUCCGGUUUAUAGAACAGCGGCUUCGUGGGCUCUUUAUACCCACAGAAACAUCUUUAGGCUGUGUAGGUAAAGCCUCUAAAGAUGUCAGAAAAGCAGCGCACGCUGCCUCUGUGGAUGGCGAAUAAAGAAAUGAAAGUGAAGAAGAAGACGCCACUGAAGAGCCAGAGAAAAGAGAAAACUACGAGGGCCCUUUUCUACUGCAUGAAUGAGGCCGAGCUGGUUGAAGCAGCUGUUCAGUGUUUAACCAGCGGUUCCUUUGAGGACGGUGCUUCCCCAACUCACCAACAGGUGGCGCCGUUUUCCUCUUUUAUGAUUUCUAAAAAAGGAAACAACACACGGGAAAAAGUAAAUAAACCUUCGGUUUCUCUGACAAGACUAAAGCGGAUGACGCAGAUUUCAGAGGAAAAGGACUCUGACUAUGACCCGGAGACGACCUGUGUUUCUGAGACGGACUUGGACAUUACAGAGGUGGAAACGCUGCCGUACACCAGGAGGCCUGAAGCCCCCAGGUCAGGAACUGUCAGGAACACUGAUGUGGAAGCUGAAGGAAAAGAGGAGAAACCAACGGAUGAACAUCAAGAAGACGAGGCGUUACAACUUGUUCGGGACAUUUUUUUCACAUAACUGCUUAAUUCCAAAAGCGUAAAUAGAAAUCCUUUAAAAUAAAGUUAAACUGAAGCCUUCAACAUGAUGUUAUUGAAAUAUUGAGCUAAUCUUUAUGGUGAUGAAAAGACAGCUUUUUCAACACUACAUAAAACAGUGCUACAAAUAUCUUAAAGAAACUGACCUCUUAAAAACUCCAGACUUUCUGCAGUUAUUACAUUAUUCUUCAUCCUUAAUGUGGCUUGUUUCCUAAUGUUCAUGGCAUACAAAUCCUCAGGGGAUCUCAUCAGGUUACAGAAAGUUCUACUGCAGAAAAAUCGACCUCUUUAGGUCAAAGUAUUGCUUCAUUUUUUCUGUUGUUAAAUGAAAGUCAUGACAGCUGUGGCGAUCCUAAUGACUCAGAGACUUUCUAAUAAACUGCAUUUAUUGUUGUAUCU